AAUGGAAUUCCCAUCGGAAAGACAAAAUAUAUAGUUUGUUUUAAAUUACUAAAAUGAAUCAGGAAAAUGAAUCGACCGAAGUAAAUUCAGAAAAUAUAGCAAGCACUUCAGGAGUUGCUACUCGGUUCUGUCUGGCUGCGUUGACGUUUUGGAACUUCAUACUAUUUUGUUUUUGCAAGACGAGUGUCAGUGAUUAAACAAAAACAUAAGAAUAUACGUUUUAUGCGUUACUAAAAAAAAGGAAAAAUAUACCAAUGGAGUUGACGAAAGGUAAAAAAUUGCUUACAUAACCUCUGUAUCAACAUAUGGAGAAUUCAAUUUUAUGAGUUGUUGUUAGUAUGUUAGUAAAGCAUUUAGUUAUAAAUAUAAAAUUACAGAGAUUCAUGUCAAGUAAAUUUUUCUUAAUAUGGUUUUACUUUUGUUAGUUGAAAUUAAUUAGUGAAUAAUAUUUGAUUGUUACCACAAAUUUUGUGGCUACUUAUUUAAACUUCCAAAAUAUAUUAUUUAUUAAUAAAUAUUGCUCAUAAAUAUUUCCAUGUACAUAUAAUUAUUUUAGUGAUUAAAUACAUAAAAGUAUAGUUUUUCAAAUUGGACUUCAUACUUUAAAAACAUUUUAAUCCUAUUAGAUUUUAUUUAAAACUUCUUUUAAAUUAUAUCAAGAAAAACAGCAACUCUAGCAAUACAAUGUGUUUUACAAGAGACUUAUUUUCUAGAAUUCUGAGUGUUUAUUUCUAAGAAUACUGUCCAGUAAUCUCCAAAUAGAUAAGAAACUAUCAACAUUUUAUUUUAAUCACAACUUGAACAAAUGCUUAAUCUGAAUUUUGUGUUCAGAUUAUAAUUAUGUUUUGUUCAUGUUUGUUUUUUUUUGAACUUUACUCGUUUGAAUUAAUUGACCUUGUCUUUAUGUACACAGUACCCAACGUGGCCUCUUGUUUUGUAACAGUCACUGCCUUUAAAUUUGGCAAUGGCAGCUACCUAUAUAAAUUUCAUGUUGUUUUUCUAUUAUAUGACUAACAUUUGUGGAUGCUACUAGUGUAAAAUUAAUUGGAACGGAAGGAAAAUCUAAUACACUGUCUGUAAUAAUAUUUUUGAUUGUUUAAAAAUAACUAGGUAGAUAGCAUUUAAAAAAUUCAAAUGAAACAAGUACCGCCAUCUAUCGAAUGAUUGUGGCAUUGAUUAUGUAUACGAAUACAGCCGGCGACUGUCAGGCCAAUCACACUAAACAUCAUUCUUUCCAAUCAAAUUCAAAAUAAAAAGAAAUUUAUUCGUUUUCAAUAAUAAAAAAAAAAAUCUUAAUUUUAUGAACAUUAGUGACAAGUAAAAUUUCUUAACCCACACGCUGUAUCUACGUAUUAAAAAAAACAGCUUAAUUAAAUUCAUUUUCGGAUGUAUUUUCUUCAUGAAACUUAGAAAUCUAUCAAUAAUACUGCGGCUCAUAAUUAUAUAAUGCCCAUAUUGUUACAACAGAUUGUGCCUUUAUAAGACCUAAUUAAAUUAAAUUCGAUAUCAGUCAAUUGAGUCAUUUAUAUGCCAAAGUUCGUCUUUGUAACAAAGUUUGUUUUAGUCAUGGGAAACAUUGAAUGAAUGAUUUCUAAUGUAUAGGUAAGCACGUCCACUGACUGCGUAUCUAACCUAUGUAUGGCGCGGUCGAAAUAAUGAGAAUAUUUAAAAAAAUGCAAUUGGUUAAUAAAAAUAUUGCCAGUGCCAUUCAGGGUACUUCCAUAACUGAUAGGUGUCGCUACUCGCGUUGUAGCGGCAUGAAUGCUAAAUCCAAAAAAUUUUUGUUAACCACUACAUACCAUUAUUGCAUUUUUUUGUCUACCUAAACACCUAUUCUAUUCUGGCUUCAUCCUUACUGGACUGGAGUAUAACGUACGCUAUUCAUAAUAUCAAUAGACAGUUCUAAUAAUUUUGUAAUAAUUAAUUCUAACUAAGAAAAGUUUGAAAUUGAUAAACGCGUAAAAAAUUAUUCGAAUUUCCAAGCGACGAAGGAUAUCGCGGUUGUAGUCAUUAAAGUUUGUUUAUACGCUCCGCUCAAUGCUGGUUUUAGUAUGAAUACACGCUCCAUCUGGCGGACGUUCACAUCCGUUUCCGGGCCUCGAUCCUUCAGUUUGUUUUUUCAACUUUUAUAAUGAUGAGAGUAACCAAAGUUUGUUUAGACGACAUUAACAAACGUUUAAAUUCAUUCAUAGUUUUGAACUCAUUCAUGGUGUCAGCUGCGAGCUUCGAGAUUGACCGUGGGUCUGUAAGUUUGUUAGGUAUAAAUGCGUUAUGCGAAUGAAGUUGUGUAGCGAUGCAUUUGUACGCGACAGUCCUCGUAGAUAACCAAUCUUAACAGAUAAGAGUAGAGCGUAGGCGCUACAGGCGAGGCAAAGGAAUUCGAAAGCCGAGCGGCGACCACCCAUAGGCAUGAGAACAUGGCCCCGUCCCCUUCCCCACGCUGUUUGCUCGCCGGGCACCGCCUCUCGCCGUUUCCCAAGCACCUUGCUAAAUUUUACUGAGAUUUUCUACUUGUAAUAAUUUCCUUCCAGAUUUUUUGAUAUUAGAAUGAAUACAUUUUUGGGUAUUAAUGCCUUGAAAACAAGCUUUCAGAUUAUUCACAUUAAAAAAAAGUGCUACGGAAUUUAAUAAAAAAACUUCAAAUACUGUUUGUCUAAAUUCCGAAGGGGCUUUUUUUCAGAAAAUUUAGGCUUUGACCCACCCAACAGUAAACUGCAGCCACAUUCCAUAGCCCCUUUUUUACGUUGUGUGGUCGCGGUUUCCGCCGAAGACGGCAACGUCGCGACUUAAAUAUGAAUGAAAUCCGGUCGGCUGUGAACGGUACGGCAACGUCGCCCCAGACGAUGCCUGAUUGAGAACUAUCCCUCCCGCUUCGUUCUUAGCGCCUUUUUACAUGACCACGAUCACGGCACGGUCGCCGUGCCAUGUGUGAAAUAGGAUUGUGUGAGUUAUGAUACCUAUGGUAUGAUGGCCGUGUAAUUAAAAAUGCUUUUUUGCGGCACGGAGCUAUGGUUUCGCCUCACCAUUGGACGCGAAGUCGAAAUCUCAAUUUCAUCACAUUAACGACUAUAAAGGAUAAUAAUGAUCCUUCUUCCAAACCCGAACAUACGAAGAUGUAAUGAUUACAGCUUAAACAUUUUCCCGCACGGCGACCGUACCAUGACCGCAGACGUGUGAAAAGGCACUGUUGUGAGAAAUACUAAAUCCUUUUUUUUAUCUUGGACCACCUUUUACACUGUAGGUUGAAAAUUGUAAAACAUCAAUUAUGAUAGAUACUAUGUACUGUGUUGUCAAUUUACAUAUGACAUAUUCUUUUUAAAUAGACAUGUUCUGUAUAAAGUCAGAAUGAGUGCAUUUUAGGUGUCCAUUUAAAGGAAAAUUUCAAUUGUUACAAAUUAUCUUUUUUUUAAUACUGAAGCAGACAGCUGUAAACGCACCCCAAUGACGUAGAUGUGGAACCCUCGUCAUUACGCACGCAUGCGCAUUUAGGGUGGUCGUCGCAAUACGAUACCGCCACCAAGGCAGACGAUGUGUACGACGAGUAUUUCGACAACGAUGCUUGAAGCCAGUCAAACGCCAUUAUAUAAAGAAAAUAAAAUAAAUCUUUCUGGAUACAUAGUGUAUAGUUUUAGAGAAAUGUGCAUUCAAAGUGUUACGUGAAUGUUUCGUGUCGUCGGAUUCGUUUAGACUUAAUAAUUCAAAAAUGCCACUAUUCGUAGAUACUAAAAACAGAAAUGUUGCUAAAAAUGGAGCUGCCGCCACGUUGGUGAUGUUAAAAAAUGCGCGGGAUGCAAAAAUGCGACCUUUCAUUGGUCCGCUCAUGUUAUCCUCAUGCGAGUCCUCAACGACAUCCACACUCCCGUCACCGUCGUCGUCAGCUGAUAAAACGGAUAAUCACGACACAUUCAACUUCCUUCCUGAUAUGCCCGACAUGCGUCGUGAAGAGGAACGUCUGAAAACAUUUGAUCAGUGGCCCGUUACGUUUUUGACGCCGGAACAAUUGGCCCGCAACGGAUUCUACUACCUCGGUCGCGGCGACGAGGUGUGCUGUGCUUUCUGUAAGGUAGAAAUUAUGAGGUGGGUCGAAGGCGACGAUCCUGCCGCCGAUCAUCGGAGAUGGGCGCCCCAGUGUCCCUUUGUACGAAAACAAAUGUAUGCCAACGCUGGGGGAGAGGCGGCCGCUGUCGGUAGAGACGAAUGUGGGGCCAGUGCGGCCACGCAGCCUCCCCGCAUGCCCGGCCCCGUGCACGCGCGGUACUCCACCGAGGCCGCGCGGCUCGCCACCUUCAAGGACUGGCCGAGAUGUAUGCGCCAAAAACCCGAGGAACUGGCAGAGGCCGGAUUCUUCUAUACAGGCCAAGGUGACAAAACGAAAUGCUUCUAUUGCGACGGAGGGCUAAAAGAUUGGGAAAGCGAUGACGUUCCGUGGGAACAGCACGCCAGAUGGUUCGACCGCUGCGCGUACGUGCAAUUGGUGAAAGGACGUGACUACAUUCAGAAGGUUAAGUCGGAGGCCACUGCGAUAUCUGCUAGCGAAGAAGAACAGGCCGCCACCAAUGAUUCGACUAACAACGUCGCUCAAGAGGGCGAGAAACAUUUGGAUGACUCUAAAAUAUGUAAAAUAUGUUAUUCCGAGGAGCGUAACGUGUGCUUCGUGCCGUGCGGCCACGUGGUGGCGUGCGCCAAGUGCGCGCUGUCGACGGACAAGUGCCCGAUGUGUCGCAGGACGUUCACGAAUGCGGUGCGGCUCUACUUCUCGUGAAAGGACCCUCCUCGCGAGCUGUAUACUAGUCACUUCACCGGGCGGCCCUGAAGCGUGCUGAAACCACCCUUCGAACGAAACCGCGUAUCCUGUGAUUUUUACAUUAAAUAAAUUUACAAAUUGAUAGCGGUGGGGCAAUGUAUAGGAACUCGUCAGAACUCGCGAGUUGACAUGCAGGAAGGAGUUAGUGAUUUGUAAACUUGUAAACUGAUGUUGAAAUGAUUUUAUUUAUUAUUUAAAAUUCUAAUGACAAAGUGUAAGUAAAUAAAUGUACAUAUUAUUUUAGAUUAUCAAUUUGUCCCACCGACAAAAGUGAAAUGUACAUAGGUGUUUUCAUAUCACUUCAACAGUCGAAGACCUUCUUUUUGAAUUUAAGGAUAUAUAUUUAUACAUAUAAAUUAAAAUUUUAACGAGACAUCAAUAUAAAUGUUUUAACAACUUAUUUAUACACUGAAAUCAAGUGAAGUGUAACAUGGUCUGAAGAAUGUUUUACUGAUUUCACUUCCCCUGUUGAAGUGAUAAAAUUCUAAUGUAAAUCCAGAGUUUAAAUAACGUCAUAAUUAAUAUAAGAAACAAGUUUUACGCUUCUUUUGCUUGAAAAAUCUUAUAAUUGAUUCAGGAAUUAUUUAAUGUGACUAUAUUUUGUUCCUGUAAAUAAUAUAAUAUAUACUAUUUAUUGAUUAAUUCUGACAUAAUUUAUGGCAAUUCCGUAAGAUACAAUCCAAUACUUAUUUCAUGUAACUCACUUCAAAAUAGUUGAAUGUGUGGUGUGAUUAUAAUGCUAAAUGUCUAAAUUUAUAAUAAAUUGAGCAAAGUUGCAUUUAAUGUAUGAAUACUAAUUAUUGUUUUAACAAAACAUUUAAGUAUAAUCUGCUCUGUGAUUUUAAUGUAUCAAGAAAUAACCCCAACACCUUAAUUGAAAUUUUUACAUUGUUGCUGAUAAAAAAAAUCAUAUCAAUUACAUUUACAAGUCAAUUUUAAUUGUUCAGAAAACAAACACAAUUUUGUUAGUGACUCCUGCUUUACGAAGUAGUAUGACAAACCAGUGUUUCGUUGAUUGCAUUAAUUUAGUUGUAAACAAUAUUUACACUCAACGUUUUAAGAUGUCAUUGAGGAUUUUUUUAUAAAAAAAUGGGAAUUUAUUUAUUGGUGUAUAAUACAAUCCCGCACAAGCCAUUUGCAAGUUUCUACACAACUAAAACGUAUUGUAUCCAUUAUCUAUACGUCAUAUCAUUAAUAUAUACUUGCUUUGGCAAACAUAUAUUCACGAAUAACUUCACAAUAUAUUUUUGUAAAUCAACAUAUUAAUGGUAAUUAACGAAUCGCACGGUACAAAUAGUGAUAACUGCUGAGUGCACUAAAUAGUAAGAGAAUUUAUUUAAACAGUCAAAUUUUGUUUCAUAAGUAGUUAUUUCAUACUGUUGAAUGUUAUUCAUUAAAACAAAUGUUAAAUCAAA